GAUAAGCUGAUUCAACUUAAUUUUAAAAGCUCAGCUUCAUAAUUUACAACAAACCUCACAUAUUCACCUAAGUUUUGAUCUCUCUAGUUUCGUUUUCUUAGCACAUAUGGCAGCUCAAACUCACAGAGAGCAAGAAGAAACUCUUAUGAUCCAAACAAGUGCUCUCACCAUUGAACACCAGGAAAAGAAAAUCUCUCCAGAACAGAAAGAAGAAAAAGAAGACCCCUACAACAAGGAUUCUCUUCCGCCGCUAGAUGAAGUGGAAGCAAUUAUCAAAUACAAAUUUAAGAAUGAACACUUAUUAGAAGAUGCUUUUACGCACAAAACUUGCGGUGCAGAUAACGGAUCAUCAUAUAAGCGGUUAGAAUAUUUAGGUGAUGCUGUUCUUAACUUGUUGAUUGUGAAGGAACAAUUUUUCUCUUAUCCAAAUUUGGAACCGGGAGUUUUGACUCAAUUAAAAUCAAAGAAUGUUGACACGGAAAAACUCGCACGUGUGGCCAUUAAACAUGGCUUAGAGCGGUAUCUGAGACACAAACGAUCCGAUCUUGAAGAUGAAAUUCAAAGAUUCAUAGAAAGAGUCAACGACUAUUACUUACAUUCCAAUGGGCAGCUCUACGCACCUAAGGCUCUAGCAGAUGUUGUUGAAUCAACCAUCGGUGCUAUUUUUAUUGAUUCAGAUUCAUCUCUUGACGUUGUGUGGAAGGUUGUGAGAAAUUUGCUUGAACCUAUAAUCGAGCCAGAUUCUGUUAAAAAAAAUCCUGUCUCACAACUUAUUGAAGUUUGUCACAAGAAAAAUUUCAAAUUAGAAUUCGUAGACUUGUGGGAAAAAUCUAGUAGCAUUGAAGUCUUUAUAAAUGAGGAAUUUGUUGGAAGUGGCACUAAUGACUCUAAGAAAGACAUUGCACGUUAUAGAGCUGCUAAAAAUGCUUUGGAUAAUAUAGAUAGGGGGUUAAAUAUAAGCACAUCUACGAUGGAAAAUGCUAUUGAAGAUUGAUAUUUAUGGUUGUGGUCGAUUUGGUUGUCUUUUUUUUUGUGUUAAUAAGUAGAUGAUUUUGUGUAUCAAACAUAAA